AUGAGCAGUCUGAAACGUGGAAGUAAUGGCAGUCAGGGCAGCCAAGAGCAGCUUUUGGAAGAGAGGCGAAAUCUCCUUGUACAAUUAUUUUGCAUAUCUCAUAUUUCUGAAUUGAAAAGCAUUGAAAAUCAUGAAAGAAUAGGAAAGGAAAUCCAGCAGUUUUUGGAGCAGCAUGACUUAGCGAGAGGAAAACCUGUAGAUAUAGGUUCUUUGCCUAAAUUCAGGCCACGGGACCCUGUCAAUGAUAAGAAACUGAAUCGAAGUAAGUGCCCAUCUCCCGCAGAAACUAAAAGAGAAUUGAAGAAACGUUCAAAGGAUUCAACCCCUAAUUCUAAUGAUGACCACGAAAUGGAUUCGCAACCUCUACCACCAUCUACGAAUAGACCAGUUUCACGGAUACAAUCACAGCAAACAACUUUUCAAAGCUUUAAACAAGUACCUCAACCACAAGGUAGUAAACAGCCUCAGCAGGCACAACUGCAACAGCAGAUACCAAACAAUCGAUCUGUAUCGCCUACACAGAAAGUCACAGCACCAUCUGAUAAAACUUCUAAUGUAGUGGUUGAAUCACGAACAGCAAAAAAACAAAUAGCUUACGCAGAGGCACAGUCGAAGCCAUCUUCUUCUGAAAAGCAUUCGCGAGAUGAGCAGGGAGAAAAUGGAACACCGCAAGAAAUGGUUAAAAGACAAAAGAUAGAGUCUACUGCUACGAAUUCCAGUGUUUCAACUGCUCGAAAUGAAAGCACUAUAGAACUCCCGCCAAACCCAUAUUCUCAUAUGAUAGAAAUGUCACAACUGCAUGCAGAUCCUACCCCAAUACAGAUUAAGGAACCUCAGCCAUUUAUUAUAGACUCUAUACUUGAAAAUCUAUCCACCGAGGAGCGUAAAACGUACUGUGAUAAUGAUAUUAAUGUUAAGGAAACUGUUUAUAUGAUUACUAAAGAAAAUGUCCCCACAAAGCUUGCAAAGGCAAUGCCUAUCCAAGAAAUCAAAUAUGUUUCACAAACUUUACCAUUACUGAGAUUGAUUCCACAGUCACAGAAGGCAUUAACUACUGAUUUGAUAAAUACAGCACUGAACGAAGGUAGAAUAACAGUUGUAGCCUCGAGAAUUGAAGAGUUAAGAAGACUGAAUCUGUGGUCACUUCGUCAACCGAAAAAAUUCAUCGAUCCUAUUACAGCUAAUAAACCAGUUACCCAUGCAAAUGUCUUGCUGGAAGAAGCCAAGUGGAUGCGAGAAGAUUUCCGUGAAUCUCUAAACUACAAGAUAGCCAUGUGCACUGAAAUAGCUCAAUCUAUUUCUGAUUAUUGGACAUACGGAAAGAUUUGCUGUGUGAAAAGGAAACCUAUAUCAGACACGGCCAAUAAGACAGAACACGUGAACUCUUCACAAGAUAUUGAAGUAAAGAUCCAGACGGAUGGGUUAGAGAAUACAGACAUGCAAAUAUCAAAUAGCUCUCAAAAUGAACCAGGAUCAAAUGCGAAAGACGACGCGGCUGUCAAUCAUCCAGCGGAUCCCAUAGUUGAUAAUACAGAAGAAUCUGCGGGUGUAGAAGAUAUGGAGAUUGAGCAACAAGUUCAGGAAGAAGAGCCUUCAAUCGACAUCUCAAAACUCUUAAAAAGGACUGAUCCACAGGAUGAAAUACCAACACCUUCGUUACCAAUAGUUUCUGCAGAAGAAUACCUUUCGAAGAAAACUAAACCUCGGUUCCGCGCGUAUGUUGACAUUAGCUCACUCUCUACAUUGGGUGCGGCAAUUUCAAAAAGCGUUCGUGUAUAUGAAGGAUUAGAUGAAGAAAACCUAAAAUCCAGGAAGUCUUUACCCUUUGAACCGGUUUCAAAGGCAAUAGCUCCUGUUGAUGACGAUCACUUUAUGAAACUAGUCGAAAAACAGUUAAUAGAGGAAGAACCAUCAUUAGUUCCAUUAUCCAAAAGGCGUGGUAUGUUUUAUGGAAACAGAAGAAGUCAUUAUUUACGCCCCCCGGUUGCGCCGUCCUUACGUUAUUUGAAGUUUCGUACUCCGACCAUCUGGCUACCUGAGGAUGAUCAAGAAUUGGUCAAGAAUAUCAACCAAUACGCCUAUAACUGGGAUCUUAUUAGUUCUCAAAUGUCAAAUCGUCACAAGAGGAUGUAUGUAUCUAACAUUGAAAGAAGAACGCCUUGGCAAUGUUUUGAGAGAUUCGUGCAACUCAAUGAGAAAUUCAACAUUGCAGAUAUGAAAGGUCCUCGAGCUCAUAACGCCCAAGUUUGGCUAUACGAAGCACAUAAAUUACAACAGCAACAGAAGAGAAGAAUAUCCCCUCUUGGUGUUGGAUCGGAAUCCAUACAAAGGGGUCAUAGAAGGUUACGCUGGGCUAGUAUGUUUGAGGCUAUGAGAAAAUGUAUCAAGAAGAGAGAAAAUGCUCCCAGGCCCAAUCCCUCUCAACCUCGUAAACCUCUUGAUGUAAAGAAUAUGAGCGUACCAACUCCUCAAGAAAUGUCCGAAUUGAAGGCUCAGCGUGAUGACGCCUUGCGUAGGGACAUGCAAAUAAAGCGUGCAGCUAAACAACGGAUGCAAAUGGCACAAAUGCAAGCUGGUAAAUUACCUCUCACUGCUGCUUCAAGUCCAAAUCUUCCAGCGAUCAGUAACGGAAGUUCAAAAGAGCUAAAGAACAAAUCUAGACAAUCGACUCCCCAGAGUGCCCCUCCCUUAGGAGAAAAAACGAAAGUUACCUCGCAACAGCUGCCUCCUCGUAAUGUGAAGCCAUCCAAUGAACGUGAAAUUAUUGAAGGCUAUGCAAAAAAAAUUCUUUUGCAAAAGCCUAAUUUCACUCCCGAACUGGCUUUAAUAGCUGCAGAAAAUAUUUACAGAAAUGUUACAUUGCCAGAACAGGGAAGAGCAAGAAGUGAAGCCGCUAGCUCAUCCAAUAAUCGUGUUUCUGAGAUUAAAAACACUUCUCCAACACCUCAAGAAAUUUUACAAAGGGCUCAAAAACAUGACUAA